AUGAGUGCAUACAAAAAUUAUCCUUAAGAAUAAGAAUUAAAAGAUCUCACUUAAAAUAAUUAUGAAAAUAAUCAGAACUAAUUUGCUCCUUAUGUUAAUAUGCAGAUAUAUUUUCAAUAGCAAUAAAGCAAUCAAAACUAUAAUAAUAAUGUUGAGUAUAAAGAAGAUUAAAAUCAGAAGGGAGAAUUUAAAUUUGAAAAUUUCAAACAAUACAUUUCAAAUAUUCAAUCUAAUUUCUCAGAAGAAUCAGUCGGAUGCCAAUCUUUAACAAUAUGCAAUAUAAUCAUAUGUUUUAUCAUAUUAUGUAUUAUCAUAAAAUCCCUUUGA